AAGACGUGAUGCACGCUGAAAGUUGCUGAUCGACGGCUUGAUCUUUCGAUGGGGUUGACUCACCCACAAGCAAAACGCCUAUAAAAUGAUCGUCUUGGUCCGCUUGCCAUCAGCGACCAGUUCAUUCCUCAACAGCAUUGAGUGUUUCUAGCUAGUAUACCUCCAGUUUCCGAAGUCAUUUCACCAUUGUCUGUCUUGAACGCCUAUCCGUGUGCAAAGCCUAUUUAGGAGAGAAAAGCAAUCUUCUUUGCUGUUAUCAAGUCACUCCUUCGCUUUCCAGAAUAGAAAAAUCAAACGAAAAGCCAAGCUAAAAUCAGAAGAUGACCAAUUGGAUGCAGCUAUUUGGUGUGACCUUGAUUCUGGUUCACAUCUGCAUUAGUUCAGGAUCAGCUACGCGUGUUGCCGGGGCACGCGUAUUUGACGAUAGCGAAUUUCGCCGCGUUCCCGAAUCACAGAGCCGCCGGAAAACUCGGCGGAUGAUGAUGGGCUUAGGGUCAGAGAUGGGCUGGGAGUAUGGCGUUAAAACCGGCCCGGGCAACUCUCAUCUCAAACGCGGCGAAUCGCUGGCAUCGGGAAAACCCGUAUCAAAGUCGGACUCUUUCCGCGAUUCAGUGAUUGUGCUGAGGAAUCACAAGAGAUCGGUCGGUCAACCAGCAUCCGGUCCGGCGGCAGGAAGUAGUAAAUCGAAGUCGGACUCGUUUCGGGAUUCGGUCAUUGUCCUGAGGAAUCAUAAGAGAUCGGUCUCUCAAGCAGCAUCCGGUCCGGCAACGGCAGGCAGCAAAUCGAAGUCGGACUCAUUUCGCGAUUCAGUCAUCGUGCUGAGGAACCACAAGAGAUCAGACGGACAGGAUGCUCUGCCGCGGAGCGACGCACGCCAGCCAGAUAUUGUUCUGAAGGACAGUAGAAUGUCGCAGGCCCCCACCUCCAACUUAGCUGUGCGCAAUCCUACAAGUGUGCUUAAGCAGCAUAAGCGAUCUGGACCUGCUUCUCCAAGACCCUCGGUUUCUGAUUCUUCGAUUGUGCUCAAAAGCCAGCAGCAACCGGCAAACACCGCUGCUUCCCAAUCAUCCGUACAAGAUUCAACGAUUGUAUUGAGGAACCACAAAAGAGCGGAAGAAGGAGAAGGAGCCCCUCAGCCAAAGAUUGUGCUGAUGGACCCCAAUGCAUCAAAGGGUGACUCUGUUUCCGAGAGAGCGUUGCGCGGCCCAAAUGAUAAAUCAUCGGGAUCCACACCUUCAGGCUCAGCAUCCAAUGUAUCGGGCUCGGUCAUCGUGCUGAAAAAAGAACAGCUCUCGCAGGAUCCCCAGCAGAGCUCGGGAAAUUGAAGCGAUCCUGAGCAUUAGCCGACGAAAACAAACGACGCUUUCAAAUGCCGCAGAAAUUCGGACAUCCUUCGAUGGAGGAACGAAUGAAAAAACGACUUCGAAUUUAUUUUCCAAAAACACCUUGGUCUCAGAGCAUGCAUAUUAUAUGUCUCUCGGACUGAUUUCCAUCCAAUUUAUAGCAACAGUAGCAGAGAGCCCUUUGUGAAUGUAGUCCUUUUUAUUAGAUCUCUAGCCCUACUAAUUGAAAGACGUGCUGGUUCAUCACCCGUUUCACAAUCUUAUUUUCUUUUAUAACUCUGAGAAAUAAUCCCAACUGUACCUACUUGACAAUUCUUCCCCCGAGAUUCCGGUAGCAUUUCAACUUGAUCUGGAGGCAAAAUAAAAUCCUCAUAUUUUAAAACAAAUUAUCGAAACAAAGUAAUACAAGUCUACUCUAUUCCACAGAACGCGGCAAAACCAAGAGGGUGAAAGUUGAUCUGACCCAAUCCACCUUCUUC